CUUAAAAACCUCUUUUUCCCAAUUCCGAUAUACUUCUUCUGCAGGCCUACUUCUCAUACUUCCAAGAUUUUUCGAGGAAAAUUUAGAGCCGAUUCAGCUUCUUUGAAGAUCCUGGUGGUGCAGCCAUGUCUAUGCAGCAGCAAAACCUUGAUAAGAUGCAACUCCGCCAGAACUAUCGUAAUCUCUGGCACUCUGACCUAAUGCGUACCAUCCAGGCUGACCCUCCUUAUUGCUGCCUUUCGUUUUGGUGUGGGCCUUGUGUAUCAUAUUUGCUUCGUAAAAGAGCUCUAUAUAAUGACAUGUCAAGAUAUGUAUGCUGUGCAGGCUAUAUGCCUUGUAGUGGCAGGUGUGGAGAAAGUAAAUGCCCUGAAUUUUGCCUUUGCACAGAGGUUUUCCUCUGCUUUGGAAAUUCAGUGGCCUCAACUCGGUUUUUGUUGCAAGAUGAAUUCAAUAUACAGACAACACAAUGCGACAAUUGCAUUAUCGGUUUUAUGUUCUGUCUACAACAAUUAGCAUGUAUAUUUUCCAUCAUUGCACUGAUAGUAGGAAGUGAAGAAAUCCAAGAGGCUUCUCAACUGCUCUCUUGUUUGGCUAAUAUGGUGUAUUGCACGGUCUGCGCAUGUAUGCAGACUCAACACAAAAUCGAGAUGGACAAGAGAGAUGGCAUGUUUGGGCCGCAAGUAAUGGCAGUUCCUCCUGUUCAACAAAUGUCUCGAAUCGAUCAAGCGGUUCCUCCAGCAGUCGGAUAUCCACCACAACCUGCGUAUGGGCAGCAGUAUGGUUAUCCUCAGCCUCAAGGCUAUCCCGCAGCGGGCUAUCCGCAACCAGCUUAUCCCCCCUCUGGAUAUAGGUAAAGUCAGUACCGUUCCACAGAUACCUGUGUUAUCCACUGUGAUGCAAUGUGAUUUGUCUAUGCCAUGUUCAUAUUUUGUGAUUUUCUUCCGAGUUUGUUGCUCUCACCUGUAUGUGUUGAUUUGUGUAAUGAUCAGUUCAGGGCAUAAUGUGAAGUUGGUUGAAGAAUGACUUGGAUGUGUUAACUUUCUUUAAUUUGGAAUUGUUCUGAGGGGUUGCAUACUAUUGAGUUAUUGGCGAAAAUGGAAGUAUUCCUCUUUUUUUUUUUUAAUGUG